AGUAAUUGAUUGAAAUAUGUUUUGGUAACUCAGUAGAGAAGAAGUGAAGAAGAGUAUAGAGGAUACAGUGUAUUUCAAUUAUUACGAUAAAGUGAUAUGGGUUUUUAAGUAAAAUGUUUAACAAUACGGCAAAAACACUAGAAAUAAAUCCAGCAAACUUUGUCAGCAAAUUUUUUUUUUGGUGGACUGUAAAAUUAUUCAGAAAAGGUUCUCAAGAUGGACUUACAUCAGAAGACAUUUAUACCCCGUUGAAUCUUGAUGAGUCCAAGACUCCAGCCAAUGAUUUAGAACGGAAAUGGAAUUGCAUUAAAGAAAAUUCUUCUAAGCCAUUAUUUGUAAAAGCAAUCAUUCAAACAUUCUGGUUGAAGUAUCUCUACAUCGUAAUUUUUGUAAUACUGGAGCAAAUAAUCCUAAGAAAUUCCCAGCCAUUUAUUAUGAACUGGAUAAUUGAAUAUUUCACAAUAGAACCUACGAUUAAUGUUACUCGAAAGGAUGCUUUUAUUUACGCAACUAUAAUUAUUGCCACCAUAAUUGCAAUCAGUUUUAUUGCUCAUCACGUUUAUUGUAUCAGUCAGAUACUGGGGAUUAAAAUUAGAGUAGCUUGUUGCGCAUUGAUUUAUAAAAAAAUUUUGAAGCUCAAUAAAUCGGCAUUCAAAAAAAAUAAACGUGAUCAAAUUAUAAAUCUUUUGAAUAAUGACGUAUAUAACUUUGAUUUGCUUCCGCUGAGUCUCAACUUCUUAUGGAUAACUUUUAUUCAAAUGAUUAUAAUUUUUCCCAUUGUUUGGCAAAGUAUCGGUCUGCAUGUUAUUGUAGGCUUUGGAGCUCUUUUGACUGUGGUUAUUUCUAUGCAAGGGUGUAUAGAAAUUGUAGAUAGUACGCUCAGGAAGAUGAUUGAAAAAUUAACUGAUCAACGAAAUCAGAUAGUUAAAGAAAUAACUAUUGGGAUUAAGAUAGUCAAAAUGUAUGUAUUGGAAAAAUAUUUCAACAAAGCUAUGACUAAAAUAAGAUCAGAAGAAGUACAACAAUUGAGACGUUCAUUGCAUAUUAGAGUAUUUCACGGUUGUUUACAAGGAAUUACUUGUAAAAUAAUGGUCUUUGUAACACUAAUGAGUUUGAGUUCAGAAGGAGUGAUUUUUAAUUCUAGAAUAACUUACAAUAUUUCUGUUUAUUAUCAUAUUCUUCAGUUACUGGCGAUAAUAUAUUUGCCGAUAUCAAUGAAUCGUAUUGUGGAAAUUUACACAAUGAUCAACAAAAUUCAAAAUUUUCUUCUGCUGAAUGAAACUUGUGAAUCUUCAAUAAAAUUGAAUAACUUGAAAAAUUCCAAGUAUAAAAACGAUCAACAUAAUAAUCAACUCAAUAAAUCCUCUUCUGGAGUCGAAAUUGAAUUGAAUGAAGUAUCAGCGAGCUGGAGGAUCAAUCAUCCACUGCAAAUUUUAAAUUCUAUAAAAUUGAAAUUCAAAAGUGGAGAAUUUUGUGCAGUAGUUGGUCCAGCUGGCUCUGGUAAAUCUUCAUUACUUAACUUGCUGUUGCAAGAGUUACCAGUUGAUGCCGGGACGGUUAGACUCUUUCAGAUAAAAAAUGGAGCGUCAGUUGAUCUUAGAACCACGCAUGGAUUCGUAAAGAGUAAACCUGAGAUAACGAUAUCUUACGCAAGUCAAGAUCCAUUGCUUUUCUCAGGAACUAUUAAAGACAACAUUCUUUUUGGGCUUGAAUAUGAUCAUGCUCGUUAUCAAGAGGUUUGCUUUCUAGUAAAGGACUUUAAAGAGCUUCCCAAUCGUGACAUGACUAUUGUUGGAGAAGGUGGCAAAUCUCUUUCGAUAGAUCAAAAAACUAAAGUCAAUCUCGCCAGAGCAGUUUACAGACAAGCAGAUUUAUAUCUUUUGGAUGAUAUUUUCCAUGGAAUUGACGGCAAUGACUCAGAGUUUAUUUUCAAUGAAUGUGUUCUUGGCUUUCUUCAAGGAAAAACACGAAUUCUGGUUACUGACCACCUUGAAUAUUUAAAACAAGCUGACACUAUUGCUGUAAUAGAAAAGGGAUCAAUUAAGCAUCAAGGAACAUUUGUUACUUUGAAAGAAGAAAGCUUUGAAUUUAAUGAAUUGUUAUAUACAAUCCAGCAAAACCAAACAACCAAUUACACUAAAAUAAUCACCAAAAAUAUGAAUGAAGAAAACAAAAGCAUCGAUAUAGGAUUCAAUUUAAUGAAAUCCCGAUACACUAACCAGUUUACUUGCCGACAAGAAGUGGUUGAAAUACAAGUUAAGGGUAAAGUCGAUGACAAGACAAUAUCCAGCACAAAUAACUUGAAGAAAACUAAUCAUCGCCACUUCAACUCAUGUAGAGAAAUUUCAAUUUAUCUGUCACUAUUAAUUUUAAUUAUUUUAUGGCAAUUAGCUACCAUAAGUGUUGAUCAGUGGAUGGCUUACUGGACAACUGUUGAGUCAAUCAGAACUUGUAUUCAGGCUCCUAAGUUCAUGUGCAUCAAUCUUCAAAACCGAUUGAAAUCUAUGCUUGAUACUAAUAUAAACAAAAAUUUUAUAAAUGAGCACAAGUUAAUAGUACACAAAAACGCGAAAUAUAUUUAUACAGUUUUGAUUGUUACUCUCAUUGGCUUAUUUAUCUCAUCGAUUUAUUUUUCAAUUAACUUUUGUAUAAGUGUUGGACAAAAACUUUACAAUCUAAUUUUUUGUAAUUUUCUUAAAGCGAAAAUGGAGUUUUUCAGUUCACAGUUUUCAGAAAAAACUGCGAGUAAAUUGUUAAAAGAUAUUCAAAUAAUGGAUAAUUCAAUCAUACCAACAGUGAUACAAACGAUGGUUAUAAUUUUUCAAAUUAUUCUAACGAUAAUAAAUAUUGCUACUGUUUUUCGAUGGAUAUUACUUCCGUUCAUACUCAUGGGGCCAAUUUUGUUUUAUUUGACAAAAUAUUUUUGUAGAACGAUUCAAAGUAUACAAGAAUUAGAAAAUAAUACUAAGAAUCCAUUGGAUUUGUGUGUCAGAGAAACACUGCACGGAUUAACAACUAUCAGAAGUUACAGCGAAAACGUAUUGUUGAAGUUAUGUAAAAAGUUCAAUCAACAUCAAGAAAUGAAUGCCGGAGCACGUUAUAUUCUUAUAUCUAUAAUGUCAGCAUACAACCUUGCUAUUGAAUUACUUUUUUGUAUUUUUAUCAGUUGUGUUUACUUCUUAUUAAUUGUAAAGCAUCAAGAAAAUACAUUUAACGAAUCCGUUGGAUUUGCUAUAUCACAAUCGUUAAUUCUGAUGAGCUUAUUUCAAUACGGCACUCAACAAAUAGUCAUUGUUCUGAGUCAAUUAACUGUAAUGAGAAGAAUACUCCAAUUUAUCGAUACUCCUAAUGAAGGACCGAUUGAAACGGCAAAUCCACCUCCAGCGAAUUGGUCAUCAGAUGGACAAAUUAUUUGGAGAAAUAUUUUUGUUAAUAACAGGAGAUCUGGCUUACCAGUUUUCCAGAAUGCGAAUUUGAUGAUAGAACCAUGUUGGAAGGUAGGAGUAGUCGAAAAAACUGGUGCUGACAAUACAUCAAUAACAUCAGCACUUUUUCGCUUAGUUGACCAAGGCAUGCACGGAGAAAUAAUAAUUGAUGGCUUAGAUAUAAAGAGUGUUGGUCUCCAGGAUUUACGAUCGAACAUAUCGAUUAUUCCAAAAAAUCCUUUUUUAUUUACUGGGACACUAAGAUUUAAUCUUGACCCUUUUCAAGAAUAUACCGAUAAAGCAAUAUGGGAUGUAUUAGGAGAAGUUGAAUUGAAUGGUAUCACACUCAAUCAGUGGGUUACUGACGGAGGAAGAAAUUUCAGCAUUAAUGACCGUAAACUUAUUUGUUUUGCCCGAGAAUUGUUACGGAGUAAUCGGAUUCUUGUUCUUGAUCAAAUCACCGAUGGUCUCGAUUUAAACACAAAAAUUAUAAUCCAGAGAGUACUUCAGUCAUAUUUCAAGUAUUGCACAAUAAUAACUAUAACAAACCAUCUCGAAUCUCUGAUAAGUGGUGACUUGAUUCUUGUAAUGGAUAAUGGACAAUUAUUGGAAUUUGGAAGUCCGUAUGAAUUAUUAAUAAUGCGGAUCAAUAGUCAUUUUGGUCAAAUGAUUAAAAAGUAUAAUCAAACAAUGGUUGAAUGCAUUAUUCAAGAUGUUAUAAAAUAUCACGCUCAACAAAGAAGAUAUAAUUCACGGAAGAAAUAAUUAUUGAGGACUAAACGAAUUUUUAUGUUUUAUAUAUCA